AAUAGGGGUGUGGGCAUUCACCCUUAAAAUAAUGUCUUCGAUAAUAAUGGGUGGGUGGGGUUGGGGGAAGUAUUUCACUCUAAAGACGCUACCGAGUCUUAGACAGUAACUGGGUUGGGGCUCUUCUCCUGCUUUCCGUGGGAAGUAGUGAAACUCUGAAACCAACUCCUCAAAUUUGUUUCACUGCAACACUCCAACUGAAGUUGGGUUCAAAAGCGCUCAAUAUUGAUGCAUUUCAAGACUUAAAACAUGUCUGUUGAUCCCAGUGCAACAAUGAAUUAUGUGGAAGAUGAAGCUUCCUCGGGCUCUGGUGAUGAUGUGAACAUGCUAGAUGGACACAAGCGUCAAUCUGCGACACCAUCAAGUUCUGGCCGGCGCAAGAGAAGUCGGAAGGCUACUGGAGAUGCCAUAGUGGAUGCUAUGCUAGAAAUAGCAGCCGCUUCAAAAAUGAGGGCAUCUGCAAUUAUGAAGAAUGAAGACCGGUUUUCUAUAAGCAAAUGCAUAAAAGUGUUAGAUGAGAUGCAAGAUAAGUCAACUGGCAUGGAUGACCUUGACUUAGAAUUGGAUGAGAUGGAACUAGUUGCAGCAGCUGCUGGUUACUAUUAUUAUAAUUGCAUAACUAGGCAAACUCGUUGUAGUUCAUCACCUAGUGGAAGUGGUUUUAUGAAUGAGGUGCUAGAAGGACCUGAUGAUCUGUGUCGAGAAAUGUUUCGGAUGGAUAAACAUGUCUUUCACAAGCUAUGUAACACUCUUCGACAUAGAGGUAUGUUACGUGAUACAGCUGGUGUUAUGAUCGAGGAGCAGCUGGCAAUUUUCUUGAAUAUUGUGGGUCAUAAUGAGCGCAACAGAGUAAUCCAAGAGCGGUUUCAGCAUUCGGGUGAAACCAUAAGUCGGCAUUUUAAUAAUGUUUUGAAGGCUAUCAAGUCACUUUCACGGGAGUUCUUACAGCCCCCAAAUAUCAGUACUGCAUCUGAAAUUCUUAACAGUAACAGAUUUUACCCAUAUUUCAAGGAUUGUGUUGGGGUCAUAGAUGGAAUGCACAUCCCUGCACAUGUCCCUGCAAAAGAUCAGUCUCGUUUUCGCAACACGAAAGGUGUUUUGUCGCAAAAUGUUUUGGCAGCCUGCACAUUUGAUCUACAGUUUAUAUUUGUUUAUCCAGGUUGGGAAGGAUCUGCUGCUGAUUCACGAGUGUUAAGAGCAGUCCUAGAUGAUCCUGAUCAGAAUUUUCCUCACAUUCCUGAAGGAAAGUAUUAUUUGGUUGAUGCGGGUUACUCCAACAUGGAAGGAUUUCUUUCCCCAUAUCCAGGAGUUAGGUAUCACCUGCAUGAAUAUAGAGGUGCUAAUCAAUUACCCAGAAAUGCAAAGGAGCUCUUUAAUCACCGCCAUUCUUCUCUUAGAAAUGUCAUACAGAGAUCUUUUGAUGUGCUGAAAGCUCGAUUUCCAAUUCUCAAACUUGCCCCUCAAUAUGCCUUUCAUAUUCAAAGGGAUAUAGUUAUAGCUGCAUGUGUUCUACAUAAUUACAUCCGGCAUGAGGAAAGACAUGAUUGGUUGUUUUCUAGCAGGGAGGGGGUGACAGUGGAUGAAUUGCCUGAUUUUGAUGAGCAACCUGAACUGCAGUUUGCUUCCUCAAUUGAGGAACAAAUCGCCUCAUCUUUACGAGAAUCAAUAGCAGCGGUAAUGUGGAAUGAUUUCUUAAAUAAAUGGGAUCAAUGGUGAUUGUUAGCUACAAAAUGUAAAAGGUUGUAGAAUAGUUGUGUAUACUUAUUAUUUAUUUCCUUUCUGGAGUUCAUUCGAUCUUCCAAGAGGUUUCUCCA